CACAGUGGCCUCAAGGCACUUGAGCUGUUUUUGUCAGCAGUGCAUUAGGAAACAUUAUGAUCAAUGCCAAAACAAACAAUUUACAGGACCAUGGACACUGUCCUCACUGAAGACUGGCAAGUUCAUGGAGGCACGUAGUUCUCUUCAACAAUUUGCUGUCUGCAAGAAUGAUAACAGGUUAAAGAUCAAGCCGGGCUACCUGAAUAAAACCUCGGCAAGGAAUGGAUUAAGGAACAGCUGUGAUGUUAACCAGAUAGGAGCCAUUCACCAAUACUUGGAGUCUAUUGGAGCAAUCAACUUUGGGGCAACCAACCCAUUAGAACAGAGUCUAAGGAAAAGAAGGAGCACCCUUGAACGUUGGUCUCACUUACAAGAUUCUGAUGCUAAGACUAACAGGCUGGAAUCGAUGAGACCAAGAAAACAGUUCUACAGGAAGUACUCUGAGGGUAUUGAAGAAGGUUCCGGGAUCGAGAAGCCAAAAAAACAAAAAUCAAAACAGACCAAAGCCCCAGCCUAUGAUCCUUUCAAGCUGAUAGAGUGCCACAGGUUCUCCAGAGUUUUACCGGCCCCAUUCAUUGUGAAAGUCAAAGGAGAUGCAAUAGUGAUCAUGGAUGUGCAUUCUCAUCUUUCUACUACUGAAGUGAUUGGUCUUCUUGGGGGUUACUUUGAUCCUGAACAAGGCGUCCUUGACAUUAAGAUUGCUAGACCUUGUAGGAGUAUUAGUACGGGCAUGCAGUGUGAGAUGGACCCAGUAUCCCAGACAGAAGCUUGUGAAGAAAUCCAGUCUUCGGGGUGCAGAGUGGUCGGAUGGUACCACAGCCAUCCAACGUUCAGUCCUAAUCCAUCGGUCAGGGAUAUUGAGACACAAGGUCACUUUCAGGAUUGGUUCAGCCAAGAUACAAAGAGCCCAUUCAUCGGUGUUAUAGUGAGUCCUUAUCAUACCAGACAGCUUGUUACAUCUCAGAUCAACUAUCUAACAGUCAGCCAAGAGUGGUCACCUGACCAUCAAUGCUGGAGACCAUACAAGUUUGAUUUCUCCGUCUAUCAAGACAGACAUGUGGCUUAUUCUCACCAUCACCUCCUCUCUACGGCUUCACAUCUUAUCACAGAGUUUGCUCAGUACAAAUAUCGAGUUGAGAUGUUGUGGGUCUGCCCUGGUCAGUCUGGAAUCACAUACCUUGAAAAGAUGAUUAAGUCCAUUAGUACCAAUCUGUGUGGAGAAGAGGAAGCCAAGGAGGAGACUCUAUCCAAGCUGAAGUCCAUGGUGUAUGCUCAAUACAAUAGUCCUACCGUUAUUAAAGACUCUACCAUAGAUCCUACCCUCCCAUAUGAUCCUCCACCUUGACUGUUUUAAAGGGGAAGUUCACCCUGACAAUAAAUUUGUUUUAUUCAAAGCAGAUCGAAAAAUAUAUAAAUACAGUCAAACUUGUUUAUUAGGCCAUCCAUGGGAAACCGAAAAAGCAGCCACUAUAGACAUGUUAUCUUUAUAGAGAGGUACAUGUACUAUAUCAGGGGGGUGUUUCACAAAGAUUUUAGUAUGACUUGGGUCGCACUUAAAUGCCGACGCGUAUCUGAUAUGCAACGCGCAGUCUUAUUGAUCAUCACGCAGUAGUGUGCGUCCUCUUGGCAUGAUCUGUCCAAUACUGUCAUGCCUUUCAUACAGCGCGCAACUAGACAUUUAAGUGCGACUCUAAGUCAUACUUAAAUCUUUGUGAAACGCUCCCCCCCCCCCCAGAUAUUCUGUUCAAAUGGGAGACUAUACCGUAGACAGCUUAUCUUUAUAGGCAGGUUGUUUAACACGUACUCCUUUCAAAUGGGAGAUGAUUUUAGUGGCAACUAAAGACAGGGUUUUACUCUAUAGACAAGUGGCCGCUAAGAUGGGUUCGACUGUAUUUAGGUGAAAGUUUGACUAAAAUCAAUCAAAGAAUGAUAGAGUCCUUAAUUUUUUGAAAUAUUUGACUUUGUGACUUUAUAUGCGAGCAGCAGCGCCAUUAUGUUAGGUGAUGUAAACUCAGUAGAUUUCCUUUUAUUACUGGUUCAUGGUGACUGAAAAUGUGUUUUCUUAUUGAAUCAUGUAUGUCUGGUAUUAUGAAUGCACAAAACAGCCAUUCUCGAUUAUCUGUGAAAAUUGCAUUUUAUUGAAUCCAUAUCAUGUGAUCAAUGGGGGAGCUGCUUGCAUUUGACAUCACAAAACCAGAAAUUAAAAUAUCCAUAAUUCUGUUAAUCUUUGAUGGAUUUUCGCCAAGUUUUCACCAUAUGUUUCUUUUGUUUUUCUGCUUUUAUGAAAACCAACUUCACAUCAGGGUGACUUUCCCCUUUAACGCCCUUUGAUACCAUUCUGACCUCGUAUGUAAUAUAUUUGAAAUAACCUACAUGUUAGAAGUACUGUGUGCAUAUUCAUUGUUGUAAUCAGACAAUUAUAUAUAUAUAUAUAUAUCUUUCUACAUCUGUAUAAGGCGAAUUUCUUUGUCUCUUUUCAAUGUUUGCAAUGCGGCUUAACGCCCUCUACCUUCGUCUUUACGUCGAUAUGUGUACUAUGACAGAAUAAACUCAUUCAUAGACUUCGCCCUUUGGUAGGAUGUAUGCAUAUAUAUAUAUAUAUAUUUAGUGAAGAUGGUUUUACAGCAAUUGAAGAGUACCUGUCUUCUGAAAAUUAAUGGAUUGGCUCUUGAUUAUGUUCCAUCAGGUUUGGGCAACAAAAAAGAAUGUACGGUAUCUAAUUUAAACUAAACACGUGUCUGCCAUUAUUUAUAAAGCAAAUGAGUGGUGUCCCACUACUUCUCAAACUUCAUGAUAUCUAAGACCCAAGAGUCUAUAUAAAUCUGAUGUCCGUGUAACAUUAAAAAAAAUUGAACUGCAACAGUUUUCAAAUUCUGACAUAGAUUUUUAUGGUAGGAAACUUUCCUCACAUUGACGCAUAUUAUAAUAGACAUAUCUGAAUUGAUCUUCAAUGUGGAAUGAUACAGAUGAUUUUUUUUUUUUUCGGAAUGAUCCUCAUAUACAUGUAUGUAUCUCAAACUGGAUAGGAAGAGCAAAAGUUUGUCUUGAAAGUCUCCCAUGAAAAAAUCGUAUUAUAAUCUUUAUCAUUGAUAAUUACCCGGUCCAUAUUUGGUAAAAUCAUGUUCAGUUUUAAGAGUUCAGAGUUAGAUUUAUUUCUAUCAAUAUUCAAGUAAUCAACAUAAAAACCAACAGCAGCAAGAAACAGAUACACAAUGUGCUGCACUCAACCCAGGUGAGGUAAAUGGGUACUGGCAGGAAGUUCUUCUUCAAAAAAACUGUAAGCAGCGGAAUCCGUGCACUAGCGUAGUCAGAAUGAUAUAGGAGCACCUUGAACACCUAACAAGUUGGAUACGUGCGCUAUGCAAAUACCUACUAUACAUGUACAUAUGUUCAUGGCAGAAUAAACUUCAUAAGAAAUACUUCAGAUAUUGAUGAUUUUGUAGGAAGAUCAAGAUAUGAAUGCAAAUAUAGGUCAUUAAUCAAAUUACAGAUUACAAUUACAUAUAAAAAUGAAAAUGAGAGACUAAUAUUAAAAAGCAGAGCUUGUAUUUAAACAUAACCAAAAAAAGAAGAAUCAAAACAUACAACAAAACUAUUAUGAAAAUGAUAUUUACAGUCAUGAUACUUACAUGUAUAAGUCUGCAUUAUUCAUUUUAUAACUCUGACUUAGUGAAACUUUGAAUUGACUAAACUGGUAAAUAUUCCCUGAUUUAAAUAAUUUAUUCAUCUUUUAGUGUAUUAGGUCAUACACUAUUAAGAAUGCGGCGGUUUUACUCUUCACUCUCAAGAGUUGAUGUGUUUGGACUCUUGCGCUUCGGCUAGUCCAGACCUGAAAAGACUCGUCUGGAAGCCACAUUUUCCUUUGGGACAAGUUUGCGAUUCCAUGAAAACAUCACCUCUCGGUUCAUAGUGCAUGUUAUUUCCCACCACGGAGAUGAUCUUCCACUUGCCUCGUGAUUCACGCAAGCAUUCUGUAGGAUGAUGCUCAAUGCUUGCAUAUCGUCAAAACAAACAUCAUCAUCAACAUCUACAUAGGGCACUUCAUCAAGAGACAGAGCCACAUCUUUCCCUUCAGGAAUCCUUGCAAGCUGGUGAAUCCUAUUAUUUGGCCAGUUGAAUGGGAGUACACAAGGCCUUCAUUGACCUUCCUCUCGUCAAAUGAGAGAACUACUGACUUCUGAUAUGAUUGAAGAUUUCUUACAUUUAUUUCCAUCAUUACCCGACGGAGAAUGUCUCUGUUGAAUCCUGGGAGAUUUUCUGUGAAGUUGGUAUAAUGCUUCAGGGUACGUUUGUGGGGGAGAGUAUUAAAGGAAACCAGAAGUUCUCAGCAACUCGUAAGCAGACGGCGAUUUAGGUGGGAGGUGGGAGGAAAAAGUCAGGGCUGCCAGGGCGUACAUGUAUGUUCAUGGAUGAAAACUUGUCUAUCAACUGUUUUGUUGAUUCCCCUGUGGCAUGUGAAACUCCAGGGGUCUCCGGAAACACUUCCUCUCUGUUGACUGUCAUUCCAUAAAUUUUCACUUGCCGCUCUCCAGAAUGUGACAAAAUCAUACACUUCUCUGUGUUCCCUUAAGGAGCAAAUACUGCGAUGAAGGGUUUCUCCUCUUUUUGCGUGCUCACCGAUGCUGUAGGGCAGCUGCAGAGAUGUUCCUUAACA